GCGUGGCUUACGAUGGGUGAAGGAUGGUUGGUGGAUACCGGCGGACGAUUGUGUAAGGUUGAAGGGUUGGGACCCGUGGCCCGAGCCAACGGAGACAAGCGGCAACGGGAAGGACAACAAUGAUCGGCUAAUGGGCGAGUGGCGCGCAUCGGCCCAUGAUGCGCGCGGUUGGACCGAACAGGCCACACACGGAAAUGCGACACGCGGUCAAGACGAGGGGGUCGACUGGGACGCGUUGGCGUUCGGCAGCACAAGUACGGGCGCACGACGAGAAUACGAGGAGCGCGCAUCGGGUGCGCGUGAAUAUGUGCCAGAUGAGAAUUCGAGCACGCGGACGGCAGCAGGCGUACGCGGGUACGAGCAGGCCGCGGAGACGGCUGGGAUGCGCCGUACUUGCGGGGGUGACGAGGACGCGCGCGGGGAGACCAGCGGGGGCGCAAAGCGCGCGAUGGCGCGCGAUUGGCAGGCAGGCACGAGAGACCUAGUCCGCGCGGGACUAGGCGAGGCACGGGGCACACAUGCGCGGGAUGAUGGCAGCAGCGAUGGGGAGCGCGCGAUGGAACGCGAGUGCACUACAGGCGCGAGUAUCCUAUGCGCGGAAGGAUUAGGCGACUCACGAGAAGGGACGCACGCGCUGGACGAUGGCGGCACGGACGGGGACCGCAUUAGCGC